GCGACACGAUGAACUGAUGUAAAAAAACAAAUAAAAAUGGAGGCCUGCAAUGCUGUAGAACGCGAAGUUGAUAGAGUUUUAUUAAAAUUUGGAGCAAUAAAUGAACAUGCUAUCAAUAUUCUUCGUGAUUUGAUUACUGAAAUUGAAACUUUAAAGAAAGAUCUUGAAGAAUAUCCACCUGAUCAUGAAUCGACAUCCUUACAACAUCAGGGAUUGAAAUUAGCAGUGACUAAAGUCCGAGAUACAGUUCAUCGUCUAGCAACUGAACAUAGAGAAUUACAUAGCACAGUUUCCAAAGUUGGUAAAGCAAUAGAUAGGAAUUUCAUUGCAGACUUCGCCAGCACAAGUAGAGAAGAUGUCUUCUCGGGAACGGAGAAAACGCAUCUCCUUAAUCAAGUUAUUUGCCAGCAUUUUUAUCGUCAGGGAAUGCUCGACAUUGCAGAUGAACUUGCAUCGGAAGCAGGAAUUAAGACUGAGGAGGGGCGAAAAGAACCUUUUACAGAAUUAAAUUAUAUUCUCGAUUGCUUGAAACAAAAGAAUCUUGAACCUGCUUUGGAAUGGGCUACGAAACACAAAGAAGCACUUCUUGCACAAAGCUCAUCACUUGAAUUCAAAUUACAUAGGCUUAAGUUUAUAAGACUCGUGCAACAAGGUCCAAGGAAGCAGACUGAAGCUAUUAUGUACGCGCGUAAACAUCUUCCACAGUUUGUCACUAGAUACGAGAAAGAGGUGCAAUCCUUAAUGGGAACUCUACUCUAUUUGCCAAAUGGAAUCCAAUCCUCGCCCUACAGUCAUCUACUCGACCCGACCUUAUGGCUUGAAAUUCACGAUGUCUUUACGAAAGAAGCUUGUACUCUUCUAGGUUUAAGUGUGGAUAGCCCUUUAUCCGUUUGUAUAAAUGCCGGAAUUACAGCACUUCCCGCUCUUUUGAACAUUAAACAAGUGAUGCAGCAAAGGCAAGUCACUGGAAUUUGGAAUGGAAAAGACGAACUUCCAAUUGAAAUUGACUUGGGGAAACAGAGUCGAUAUCAUUCAGUUUUCGCUUGUCCUAUUCUUCGACAGCAGAGUACGGAAAAUAAUCCACCGAUGAAAUUAGUUUGUGGACACGUGAUAUCCCGAGAUGCUUUAAAUAAAUUAACAAGCGCGAAUAAAAACCAAUUUCAUUCCAGAUUGAAAUGUCCAUAUUGCCCAAUGGAUCAAAAUCCAGAAGAUGCGAGACUCAUAUACUUUUAGUAUGCUGUGAUAAUGAUGAGACGUAUGUAAAUUUUUCAUCAUUUUAAAAAUUUUACUAUUUUUUUAUUUUAUUUUUUUUUUUUGGUUUAAAUCUGGAAUAUAAUAUUCUACAGACAUAAACAUUUGUUAAGUUAAUUAAGAAAAUAUAUAAUUUAUUAAUGUUACUUUAAUAAUUAAUUAUAAAAAUUAAUUAAGUUCGAUUCUUUAAUUACUUUUUAUAAUUAAUCAUUAUUCAAGUAGCUAUUAGCUGUAAUAAGAAAAAUAAAUUAAUUAAUACGCAAUUUUGUAUUAUAAAUUUCAUAUUUAGAGUUAAAUUUAAUGUAUUCAUUAUAGAGUGGAAAAUGUCCAACAUUUUUGACAAAAAGCAUAAAAGUUAUUGAUUCAAAAAAUGUGUUACAGAUUCUGUAGAAUUUUUCAGUCAACAACUUUCAUUACUUUUGUAAUAAUGUUGCAGUAAUUCUUUUGAAUAUCUAUUUCCUUGCAAACAAAUGAAACAAUUUAAUUUAUGUUUGCGUCUUAUUAAUUAUGUUAAAAGUUUGUCACUUUCAAUUAAGAAAAUUAUUUUCAAAUUGUGUUGCUUAUUAUAAACUAGGUAUUAUUUAUGAAUAAUUCUUAUCGAUUUUCGAAAAUUUUUUUUAAUACUUUUUACUGAAGAUUUAUAAAUGAAGAUCUAUUAGUUAACUAAAAAUAGUUAUUUUGAAAAAAGAAUAGAUAGAUUUUUAACUGGUCUAUAGAAUGACUUUUCGACUACACACAAUUGGAACAAUAGAAAAAAUUCUAUUCAAUCAUUUUUUAAUUCUCAAUUAUUUUUAUUAAAGUUGAAAAACAAUUUUUUUUAGUUUUGGCAUAUUGAUUUUAAUUUUUAAAAAAUACGAAAAUUUUUCUAAUUUUUACUUAAUUGGAAAAUAGAAAAAAAAAUGAUUCCCGUUAGUGAAGUUGAAAAGUUGAUGACUUUAGACCCGUUUAUUGUGUCGGAAGUAUCGAAUUAAUGCAAAAAUAUAAUGUGACAAGAAAAAUAAAUAUGUAUAAUCAACUGCCAAGCUUUAUAUUAUAACAAUUGACACUAAAAACAAUUAACGAAAGAAAAUUUUUUGAUUUUAUAAAACUGUGAAAAGUAUUUAUUUACUGAAGAGAUGCUUAUUCAAGUGACUUAAGAUUAUUAUUUAGUAAUGGACGUUUUAAUGUAAUUAAUUUUAUUAGAAUGUUUUAUAUAUAAUAUAAUAUAUAAUAUCCCGAAAUAAAUGUUGCUUACUAAAA